AUGUUUGAAGUCCUGAAGACUCCUCCUGUCGCUCUGCCUUUAUUUCAGUCCACAAGGCUGCAUUUGCACCAUACUGCCUCUGGGCUGUAUAAAGGUUAUAUAAAGCUACUGCUGCUUUACUACCAGGGGAGAGAACAGGGGACAAACAGAGGAGAACCUGUGCCCCUCAAAGAUGCCAUCCAGGCCUUUGUUGCCAUCUCCAAUCAACAUGCAGGAAAAGCUCCUGGAGGAGCAGAAAGUACAGCUCUGCUCUGUCCAGUCUACGCUCCGAGUCAAAGUUCAGGUGUGUAUAAACACGCAGACACACAUGCAAGCAAAAAGUGGCACUACAACAACAAAGUAAAAGAGCAGACUGAGAGGAGGUAG